AUGGCCUCGACGGAAUUGCAGUCAGAAGUAAGAAACAAGCAGGAUAUGGAUAGGCCAGAUAUAUCAACUAGAGAGAUGUUUAGCAGCAUCAAAGGUCUCAAUUUAAACAGCUACGCAACACGUAAAUCCAUUGCACAAGGAAUGCUUGAUCUCGCACUUUUGACCGCCAACGCAUCCCAACUGAAGUACAUCCUAACCGUUGGGGAAACCCACGAAUUCUAUCAUUUUCUACUUGUUCUUAUCAUAAUAUCAAUUUCACUCCAGAUAUUCCAAGCACUACUUAUCAUCGUUCUAGCUAUCGUUUUUGAUAUCAACAAAGUUGAAGAGCAGAAAAGAUCUGACAUUGUUAAUAAUGUGUUGAUUGCUGUAACCGCUAUAAGUGUUGUGGUUAAUGUUAUAAUAAGUGCAUUCGAUAUGAAAUCUCAAGCAGAUGUAUUAAAACUAAACUGA